AGGGAGGGCGGCGAUGAGCUAGCGAAUGCUGCGCAGUAAGUCUCGAUUCUCAGGAAUCCUAUCCUUGAGGAAUCGAUCUCCGGGACAAGAUUUCUCCAAUGCUGCCCACAGCACUGAAUUUCAUCAUGGAUCGUCUGUCGAGAGGCGGGCCGAAAUAUCGCCCGACGACUAUGCGCAGCUCCUGGAUGCCUGCGCCGCGAGCAAGGAUCUCCACCAAGGUCUGCUGGUUCAUGCUCGCAUCUCCAACCUCGCGCUGGAUUCUAACGUGUUCCUUGGAAACAGGCUUGUGGUCAUGUAUCUCGCCUGUGGUCGCCCCGACGAGGCCCAGCGCUCCUUCUACAAAAUGCCCAACCGCGGCCCGGUUCCAUGGACCAGCAUGAUAGGCGCUCUCGCUCGAGAAUUCCACUUCCACUCGGCUUUCUCGGUUUUUCACACCAUGCUGCUGGAAGGAGUUCCUCCGGAUAGUCCCACUCUCGCGACGGUGAUCAGCGUUUGCGGGAAUCUGGAAGAUCGAGGCCGAGCCUCUCGCUUACUCCACUCCAUCGCCGUGGAGACUGGCCGGGACAGCGAGACCAUCGUUGGGACUGCUCUCGUCUCAAUGCUUCCGGAUUUUGGCCAUGCGCGACAGGUUUUUGAGGGUGUUCUCGCCAAGGACGUGAGAACUUGGAAUGCGAUGAUGGACGUUUAUAUGCGGAGGUUUGACUACUCAGAAGUGCUGAGGCUCUUUCAGGAGAUGGACGUGGUGCCGGACAGGUCGAGCUUUGUCAAGGCUCUCAACGCUUGCAGUGGUCUCGGGGAUUUGGAACAGGGCCGGGUUCUUCACGAGCAGGCUAUCGAGAAAGGAUUCCAUGCAGACGUCCGGGUGGAAGCAGCAAUCUUUAGCCUCUACUCCAAGGGCCAGAAUCUGGACGUGCUGUUCAACUAUGCUCCUCACCACGACAGCGUUGUCUUGUGGACACGAAGGAUGGCUGCGAGCACGAAGCAAGGACACAGUGCUACGACGAUGCAGUACUUCGGACUCAUGCAGCUGGAGGGAAUCAAGCCGGAUAGAGUGACUCUGCUGACGAUUGUUGACGCCUUGGAUCGCUCUUGUUUCCUCGCCGUGGGCAGGAUGGUCCAUUCUCACGCUCGAGAACUGGGACUCGGGGGCCUCGCCAGCCUCAUGAACGCUGUCAUGAACAUGUACGCGAGGUGUGGGAGCUUGGAAGAGGCAGUCCGAGUGUUUGCAGAAAUUCGCAAGGAUCUAAUUUCCUGGAACACUAUCAUCGGAGCCUACGUACAUUAUGCACACUACGAAGAAGCUAUCAACUUGUUCCAGCAGAUGCAGCUCCAAGGUUUUCUACCGGACAAGAUUACGUUGCUAGCGAUGCUUAAGAGCUUGGCGACGAGGUAGAGCUAGCCGCUGCCAUCAUGGGAAUGUAUGGCAAGUGUGGAAACCUAGAAGCCUCA